AUGGCGGCCAUUCGAAAAAAACUCGUCAUCGUCGGUGACGGUGCCUGCGGAAAAACUUGUCUGCUCAUUGUGUUUUCCAAAGAUCAAUUCCCAGAAGUAUAUGUACCCACCGUGUUUGAGAACUAUGUAGCCGAUAUAGAAGUCGAUGGCAAACAAGUUGAACUAGCACUGUGGGAUACAGCGGGUCAAGAAGAUUAUGAUAGACUAAGACCAUUGUCCUAUCCUGACACGGAUGUUAUCCUCAUGUGUUUCUCCAUAGAUUCACCAGAUUCGUUAGAGAAUAUCCCAGAGAAAUGGACACCGGAAGUGAAACAUUUCUGUCCAAAUGUGCCGAUCAUAUUGGUUGGUAACAAAAAAGACUUGCGUAAUGAUCCAAAUACGAUUCGCGAGCUGAGCAAAAUGAAACAAGAGCCUGUGAGGCCAGAAGAAGGGCGAGCAAUGGCCGAAAAGAUCAAUGCAUUUGCUUAUUUGGAAUGUUCAGCUAAAAGUAAGGAGGGUGUCCGUGAAGUAUUUGAAACUUCAACUAGAGCAGCUUUACAGGUUAAAAAGAAAAAGAAGGGGCGAUGUCGUCUACUUUAA